CGAUUUCAAACCAUAACAAUAGAUAUGUUUAACACGUUUAACAGCUCUACCCAAAAGAUAUUAUAUACAUAAAUACAUUAUCUCUAAUAAAAUGGAAUGUCAGGACCUCAAACUCGAUACGGAUAAAGAACUCAUUGAUAAGGAUCUUGAAAAUGAGGAGCAAACCUGCAACUUAGUCCCAUCCUGGAGUCCUAGAAAUCCCCUGGAAAACAGCAUCGAUUGCCGCGAAAAGUCAAUUGUGGAAAACAUAAAUGCAGACCAGGAUGCCAUUGCCAAAAUCCAAUAUCUUAGUUCGGAACAUGGCAAGCUGGAUAAGUAUCUAGAUAAUCAGGAGCAGGAUGAAUCACUUCGCAAAUAUCUUGUCGUUGGAGUUCAUUGGGUUUCUCUGCUCACGGAACAUGUGUUGAGCCAUCCGUUUCUAGUAUUGCGUUGGCAGUGUCAGGUUUAUAAUGCCUCCAAGUGUUACCACUUGCAUCCUUUUACCCUGCUGCCCUGUAUUGUCCACUUGCACAGACGCCAAGGACUAACGACCCUAUGGAAGGGAAUGGGCAGCUGCUUGCUUGUUCGUGGAAUGUCCUGCGCCAUUGACGAUGUAAUAUCGAAACUCAGCAGUUGGCCCAAGGAAUUGGACAGUCGAACGACCUUAAAGCGAUUUGGGCAGCAUGUCCUUCUGAAAUGUGUAAGCAUCGCUUUGGUUUUGCCCUUCCACACCGUUUCCUUGGUGAAGACAGUGCAAAGCGGAAUCGCCAGCGACAAAACAGGACUUCUUGAUGUCCUUCGCGAAGGUGGAGCUCGUAUUUUCUUAUGGAGGUCCCCGCAAAAUACUCGAAUGCUACCAAUGUGGGCAUUAAUCGGUCCGAGUAUUUCGAUUGGCAUUACAAAGUAUCUCUUCAACCUUUUAAUACAUGGCGUAUCCACUCGAAUGAUGCAGAGGAGAAUGCUGGAAAAUCGGUAUGAAAAUAACUCCGACAAUAAUCUGGAACACCAAAAUGCGGAAACCUAUGCCGGACUUAUAGCCAUGCUUACCACUGAGGUAGUAUUCUUCCCACUCGAAACCAUACUGCAUCGUCUAGAACUGCAGGGUACCCGAACCAUAAUCGAUAAUCUUGAUACUGGUUUUUCAGUUGUCCCGGUUUUGACAGACUAUCGUGGAUUAUUCGAUUGCUACAGGGUAACAGUUAUUUCAGAGGGAGCUGCUGGACUGUACAAAGGCUUCGGAGCAAUGAUCCUUCAAUUUGUCGCACAGGUUGCUAUAAUAAAACUGGCCAAGUGGACAGCGGAUCAAAUUGCUGCUGGUAUAUUGAAUCGUCCAACAUCCCGCAUAGUACAGACCUACAAUUUCGAUUCCCUCUCCUGCAACAAGAGCUCUAUGACAAAAUCCCCAAGCAUUUCCAGCAUCGAUGUGGAGCUGACUAGCCUAGGGAAGUAUUCACUAGAUGAAUAAAGACCUAAUUGUAUAUCUUAAAAUA